AUGCCAAUGCUGUCAGAGUCAGCCGGAGUUCCAGGCGUAACACCGAAGGAAAAAUUCGGCGUCACCGAACGAAUCUCAAGCGAGGAAUCACUCAAUUCGAUUUCAAAGGAAAUCAGUGGAAUUGAAGAUGGUGGUUUGCCCAAUCGUCAAGCUCCCGGAGGCGGUGAGCGUGGCAAUUUACUCGCUACUUACAGCGAAGCUGAAACAAUGGAUAUGGGAAGAAAAUAUGCCCAAGAACAUGGCUUAGAUCCCGAGUUAUUUGCCAAGGGUGCGGCUGUAGCUCGUGCCCCCAAACUCUUCAAUGAUAUGGACUUCUUGACGGAUGAGGAACGCGAAGGGCUCCAUCUAGAACAAUCCAAGAGAUAUCAUAUUCCUCGCAAGAUGGUAGAAGUGAUUGCUCUUGGGUCAGUGGCUGCUGCAGUUCAAGGUAUGGAUCAAUCAGUUAUUAAUGGUGCCACAUUAUUUUACCCUCAAGCUUUCGGUCUACCGAGGUUAUUCGGAAAAGACGCCGAUCUCGUCGAGGGUCUAGUCAAUGGUGCUCCGUAUGUAUGCUGCGCAAUUGCCUGUUGGACUUCGGACUAUUGGAAUCGUCACUUGGGUCGCCGCUGGACUAUUUUUUGGACCUGUGCCAUUUCCUUCGCUACUUGUUUCUGGCAGGGAUUUGUGAACAACUGGUGGCAUUUGUUUAUUGCGAGAUUUUUUAUGGGAGUUGGUGUUGGGGUGAAAAGUGCCACCGUUCCAGUUUACGCUGCCGAGUGUGCACCAGCUCAUAUUCGAGGCUCAUUAGUUAUGUUGUGGCAAUUCUUCACGGCGUUUGGUAUAAUGUUGGGAUACGUGGCUUGUCUUGCGUUCUACUAUGUGCCCGAUCGAGGAAUUGCUUACGGUUUAAACUGGCGGCUUAUGUUGGGGUCCGCAAGUUUACCAGCAAUAUUCGUGUGUGUCCAAGUACCUUUUGUGCCUGAGCUGCCUCGGUGGCUAAUGGGUAAAGGGCGCCACCAAGAGGCAUUUGAAAGUUAUUGCAAGAUGAGAAAAGAGAAAAUCAGCGCCGCGAGAGAUCUCUUCUACCAAUACGUCCUCCUCCUGGAAGAGCAUCAAUAUGAGUCGUCGACGAUUAAGCGCAUAAAAGAAAUGUUCACAAUUCGUCGUAACCGCAAUGCCUCCAUUGGGUCAUGGUUGGUUAUGUUCAUGCAACAAUUCUGUGGUAUCAACGUCAUCGCCUACUACUCUCUGUCAAUUUUUAUCGAGGCUGGAUUUUCCGUUGACAAUGCUUUGAUUGCUCUGUGGGGUUUCGGUAUGAUGAACUUUGUGUUUGCUAUUCCUGCCAUUCUUACUAUCGAUAAGUUUGGUCGACGCAAUUUGUUAUUGACGACGUUUCCUUUGAUGUGUAUCUUUUUGAUCAUUGCCGGUUGUGGAUUUUUGAUCAACAAGGAAACAAAUCCGAAUGGCCAGUUGGCAAUGGUAAUUAUUGGAGUGUACUUCCACUGUAUUGUGUAUUCUUCAGGUGAAGGGCCAGUACCGUUCACUUAUUCAGCUGAAUGUUUUCCAUUAUACAUUCGUGAUUUGGGCAUGUCUUGGGCCACAUCUACGUGUUGGUUUUUCAACUUUAUCUUGGCUUUCACGUGGCCCAGGCUUGUCACUGCAUUUACACCUACUGGGGCAUUCAUGUGGUACGCCGGGUGGAAUUUCGCGGGUUUCUGGUUGGUGCUCUUCUGCUUGUAUGAAACGAAGUCUCUCACUCUUGAGGAGUUAGACGAUGUAUUCAGUGUACCGAUGCCAAUUCAUGCCAAAUACCAAUUUGCAACGUUUAUCAAUGACAUAGAGCGAUGGAUUUUCAGAAGGAAGAUUCCCAAAUUGGAACCAUUUCAGGAUUUGGCCAAAGAACGUGCUCACGGAGACAGUGAUGCAUUUGCAGGAUAUUAUAACAGUAGCGUUAAGCACUAA